CCCCUGCACACACCGCGCUCGCGGGGUUGUUGCCAUGGAGAUUCCGGCUCGAUGUGCUCUUUCUGUGGUGCUGGAGGAUGAGAACAGCGCGCGGCCAGGGUCCGAGAAGCGAAAUCAGGACCUUGGAGAGCAACAGCGUCGUGGACCCCCGUUCAGCCACGGGAAAUACUACAUGCUGAUAGUGAUCGGAGAGAUAGCGACAGACCACCAGCUGCAACGCGCCAGGGACCACAUAGAACGAGGGAUUCGCUCCUGGAACGUCUGCCUGAAGUCAUGUGACCUGGACCAGCAGUUGCAGCUGUUUGUGACGCGUCACUCCGCCCAGUUCUCCGCAGAUGUCAGAGGACAAAGGACUCUUCAUCACAAAAGUGAUGUCCUAGAGACUGUGGUGUUAGUCAACCCAUCAGAGCAUUCAGUUGCUUCAGAGAUCCAGUCUUUAGUGACAGACUCAGCAGGACAUAAGCUCCUGGUCCUGAGUGGGCAGAACUCAGACCACGGUGACCUGCUUCUCCAAACUGGGGUUUUCACAUAUCAGAGCUUCUUACAGAUCUUUGCUGAUCCUGGGGUCAGUUAUUCCCUGGGCGAAGCAGCCCCCGAGCAGCGGGCCACACUUACUGUCUCCUGCCGAGCAGAGGUGGGCUGGAGCUCCUUGGGGCAGCUGCAGCAAUUCCGGGAGUUCCUGGAGUACAAACUGAACCCUGAGCCUGUGCUCCCCAAGAUGGAGGGUGUUACAGAGUUCACGGAGUACAUCUCCGAGACGGUGGAUGUGCCUUCGCCCUUUGACCUCCUGGAGCCUCCCACAUCUGGAGGCUUCCUGAAACUGUCCAGGCCCUGUUGCUACAUCUUUCCUGGGGGGAGGGGGGACUCUGCCCUUUUUGCAGUCAACGGCUUUAACAUUCUAGUGGAUGGAGGCUCUGAACGGAAAUCAUGCUUUUGGAAGCUAGUCAGACACUUGGACCGCAUCGACUCAAUUCUACUCACUCACAUUGGUGCAGACAAUCUGCCAGGCAUCAACGGGCUGCUUCAGAGAAAAAUAGCAGAGCAGGAGGAUGAGCAGUCACAAGGCUCAACCACCUAUAGUGACUGGAUGAAGAACCUGAUCUCCCCAGAGCUGGGUGUAAUCUUCUUUAAUGUACCAGAGAAACUACGUAUGCCAGAAUCAAACCUAAAGGUCAAGCGCAGCAUCGAGGAGGCCUCACUCACGCUGCAGUACCUCAACAAACUCGGAAUCAAGCCAGAGCCUCUCUGCAGACUGGUCAGUAACACUAUUGAGCCCUUUACCCUUUUCCAUAAGAUGGGAGUGGGCAAGUUAGACAUGUAUGUUCUGAACCCCGUCAAGGACAGCAAGGAGAUGCAGUUUCUAAUGCAGAAGUGGGCGGGUAACAGCAAGGCCAAAACAGGCAUUGUGCUGCCCAAUGGAAAAGAGGGAGAAAUAUCUGUACCUUACCUGACAUCAGUUACAGCAUUAGUUGUGUGGCUUCCUGCCAAUCCAGCAGAAAAGAUUGUGAGAGUGCUGUUUCCUGGAAAUGCACCACAAAACAAAAUCCUGGAGGGGCUAGAGAAAUUAAAGCACCUUGACUUCUUGCGAUACCCAGUAGCAACACAAAAAGACAUAGCCUCAGGGGCUCCACCCUCUGUUCUAAAACAGACCAAGUUGAAGCAAAGAACAGACAGCAAAGAAAGUCUGAAAUCAUCCCCCAAGAUUACAAAAGUGUCUAAGAAAGAGGCAGACGAUGAGGUAUCAGCAACCACAGAGGCAAAGAGUGACUCUGUAAAGGAGAACAAGAUAGAGAAAAAGGAGGAGAAGAAACUUAAGGAGAAUGAAAAACCCGCAAAAAUACUAAAAUCCAAGACAGAUGCACCGGAAAAGAAAAAACUAUUGAAGGAGAAAUCCUUGAAAAAACACUCAAAGGAAAGGGCCACCAAGAUGGAUGAAAAAAAAGACAAAGAAAAAAAAGAGAUCAAGAAAAUCAAGAAAGAUGACCCAGCCAAAAAAGAUGAAAAAAAAGAUCCCAAAAUUGAAAAGAAAAAGGAUACCUCUAAACCAGAGCUGAGAAAGAUAACAAAACCUGACCUAAAGCCCCUCACACCAGAGGUCAGAAAGACCCUGCAUAGGGCAAAGGUGUCAAGUAAGCCCAAAACUGACAAAAGCAAAGUCAAAGCGCCUAAGGCAGAGCCUGCUGAAACCAAAACUGAAAAACACACAGAGGAGACCACUCUCCCUGAGCCACUACAGAAUGGAGCUGUUGAGGGCAUUACUGCUUCCUCCACUCCAGAGGAUCUUACCAAAGAUUUUGAGGGGUUAAAACAAGAUGAGAUAUUAUCAGAGCCACCAGAAAGUGCAGUGGAGACACCUGCAGAGGAAAGCAUGGUUGAAUCCCUUAACCAGGAAGAGGAGAAAGAACCGGAAUCUGUCUCUCAAACCCCACCACGCACACAAUCUCCAGAGAAAGGAGCAGAUAUGGAGGUGGAAGAUGAGAUUGAAUUAGUAAGCAAAGAGGGCAAAUUACAAGCAGAGGAGGUAGAAAUAUAUGAGGAUGAAGGAGCUGCCAUUGAGGAUGAGGAGGAAGAAGAAGGAAUGAUUGCAGAGAGAAAAACUGUAGAAGAAGAGGAAGAUAUGGGGAUUGGGGAGGAGGAAGAUGACUCAAAAGACAAUGUAAAAGAUAAUGGGCUCGACAGGAAGCAUGAGGUGGAGGAAAUGGAGAAAGCUGAAAAACACAUAGCUAUUGAAGUAACUAAAGAGGAAAGCAGAAAGUCUCCAUCCCAGGAGAAAGAAGAGGUAGGAAUUGAAGAAGCUGUUGAAAAGGCUGAGCUGGAAGAGGUGGAAGAUUUAGAUGUAAUAGCAGAUGUAGAAUUCAAACCUGACAUGGAAGGCAAAGAAAUAUUGCCCAAGGACUGGGAUAGCAAAGUUAUUGAAAUGCCUUCUGGAACCAAAGAGGAGGAAGAGGAAGAUGAGGAGGGCUACAUCUCAAACAUAGGAGGUGCUACGGCUGACAUAGCAUCAACAUUGCAAGGAGCUACAGCAGCUGAACCCAUGUCUUUCAUUCAAGAUGAAACCAUUCCUGCUUACUCUGAAACUGAACAGACCAUUUCUGAUGAAGAGAUUCACGAGGAAGCUGAAGAUAGGAUACCACAUCUCCAAUAUGAAGUGGGUUCAUAUGACAUCUCUGUCCCAGAUCAGACAGGUUCAUUUGACUCCAUCCACGGAAUGAAAGAGAUGCAAGCGGCAGCUAUGAUUGAUGUAACAGCCAAAGGUUUCAUUUGUGGACAUGAGCAAGUAUCUGUAUUCACAAACAUAGCCGCACCUUUGGCAGAGGAGGAACAUGUUUCCUCUGCCACAUCCAUCACAGAGUAUGACAAAUUGUCUUCUUUCCCUACCUCUAUUGCAGAAGACCAAUCAGUGGCCUCCGUCACUACACCUCAGACUGAAGAAACAGGCAAAAGCUCACUUCUUCUUGACACUGUAAACAGUGUUCCCCUGGCAACUCCAACCGAGGCCACACAUGCAAAAGAACACUUACACUCUGCUGGGACCAUCUCACCAACAUCCUCUUUAGAGGAUGACAAGUGUUCAAAGUCACCUCCAUCUGAGGAGUGCCUGCCUGUUGUCUCUGACGUAAAGACAGAGGCUAAGGUCAUUAAGACUCACAAUGAAGAAGAGGACGAGGAUGAAGAAGAUGAAGAUCAAACUCCUAACAUAGACAUUUCACUUGGAAAACUCCAGGAGAGCUAUUCCUCCCCACAAACACUCCAUGAUAGAGAAAUAGAUGUGGAUAAGUCCCCUGCCUUUGAGUCUCCUGUCUCUAAACAUGUUCAGGAUUUGAAGCUGGAUCACUCACCAGUUGCGUCCAAAGAAGAUAUCACAACAGUGACACCUUCAAAACCAAUGUCACCACCACCCUCUUUUUCAAAGCCGUUAAGAUCAGACUCUGUUACUUCAGAAGGUGAAGAGCGAUGCUUCAGUCCAGAUGAUAGCACUGUGAAAAUGGCUUCUCCCACACAAUCUGGACCCCCCAGUGCAACCCACUCCCCAAUCGAGUCUCCAACUCACUCUCCACUUCAUCAGUUGCCUGUGGAGGAACAUACCAAGGCCUUCCCAGGACUGGAGCAUCAAACAAAGGAGAAUGUUCAUGAUUCAGCCACCAAAACAGAAGAUAAGGAUGCAAAGAAAGAUGAAGUGGAAAAGGAAGAUAAAGAGAUUAAAAAUAAAACAAUGGACACUGACAUCAAGUUGACUGAGUCAGACACACUACCAACUAUGAAGAAAUCAUUUGAAAAAGACUUGCCUGCAACAAAAGUGGAGGAAAAGUAUGUUAUCCACCUUUCCGAAGAUGAGAUCCAACAGAAACAAGAGACUCUUAUCUCAGAGUCAGCCAAAGAGGAAUCUUCCAUAUCACUAAAUAAAUGUCUGACUGAAGACAUUUCUAGUGGUAAGGCUACACUAAGACAAAGUGAUGACGAAGAUGAUAAAACAUAUCUAGAGAAAGAAUCCAAAGUGUGCAGUAAAGCUAAAUUCCCAAAGGAGAAGGAAAGUAGCUUCUUAGAUGAUGAUGAUGAUGAUACUUCUGAUCUAAAACACAUAGAAACAUAUUUAAAUGAGGAAGACACAGAAAGAGAGGAUACUAAUAAGGCUAAAAUGACCAAGGAAGUAAAUAAAGAGGAUAAAGAAAAAGAAGACAUGUUUGAGACUAUAAAAGAAGAAAAGAAAGUAUGUACUUCUAUGGCUGAACCGAUCAGAGAAGAUGAAGUUGAACUAGUUAAAGAAAAAGAUGACAUUCAUGAAGUUAAACCUAUCAAGGAUGAAAAGACAGAAACAGAAAAGGUUGGUACUGCUGAAGUGGAACAUUUCAAAGAAUAUAAGGAUGAAAAAGUUUAUGUAGCUGAACCCAUUCAUGAACAGAUGAAAAAUGCUGAAAUGGUUGGGACUACUGAUGGUGAACCAAUCCUGGAACACAAAGUUGAGAAAUUGAAAGAAACACAUGACAUUCAUGAUGCUCAGCCCAUAAAUGAAGAGAAGAAAGAAAAGUUUGAAGUUAAGGAACAAGAAAAAGAAGACAUGUUAGAGACCAUGAAAGAAGAAAAGAAAGAAAUGUUUGCUAAUUUUGAACCAAUCGGGGAAGAUGAAGUUGAGAAAGUAAAAGAAAAAUAUGACAGUCAUGAAGCUGAACCUAUCAAAGUAGAUAAAAAUCUGAAAUUGAAGGAAAAAGAUGACAUUCAUGAAGCUGAAGAAAAAGAGGACAAGUUGGAGACCAUCAAGGAAGAAAAGAAAGAAACAGAAAAAUAUACAAUUUAUGACACAGAACAAAUGAAGGAUGAUAAAGAUGAGAAUGUAAAGGAAAAAUUUGAAAUUCGUGAAGCUGAAGUCAUCAAGGAAGAGAAAACUGUUACAGAAAACGUUGGGACUACUGAAGCUGAAGAAUUCAAGGAAAAGAAAGAUGAGAAAGAGAAAGAAGAACAAGACAUGUUUGGGACAGUCAAGGAAGAGAAGAAAGAAAUCGAAAAAGAUCUAACUUCUGACACUGAACCUAUCAUGGCAGAUAAAGAGGAGAAUGUGAAUAAAAACUAUUACAUUAAUGAAGCUGAAGCCAUGAAUGAAGAGAAGAAAGAAACUGAAAAAGCUGGCACCACUAAAGCUGAAGCUUUUAAGGAAGACAUAAAGAAAGAAAAUGGAAACAUUUUGGAGAUGGUCAAGGAAGAGAUAAAAGAAACAGAAACAUAUUUAACUUCUGACACAGAACCCAUUGAGCAAGAUAAAGAUGAGGAAGGAAAGGAAAAAGAUCAAAUUCAUAGUGCUGAAGUCAUUAAUGCAGAGACACAAGAAACAGAAAAAUACAAUAUUUCUGAGGCUGAGCCCAUAAAGGAAGAGAAGAAAGACAAAGAGAGUGAAAUAUAUUACCACACUGAGCUUGGAACUACAAAAGAACUACAAAAGAAACAAAAUGAAAUACAAGAUACAUCUCUGUCUGAAGUGGUGCCAGCCCUAGACUCCAAAACGAUGGAACAAACAGAGACUGAAAAAGAUACCUCUGUGGCUCAACUCAUGAAAGAUGAGAAGAAAGAGAAGGAUGAUACUUGUAAAACCGAUGCCACCAAAGAGGAACAGAUGGAGAGUGAACAUACUCUUCAGUCAGAACCAAUUAAAGAAGAGAAACAUAUGUUUCACACUGAACUGACAAAAGAAAAAACAUUUGAAAAAGAGAUGGAUACCAUCUACAGUACAUCAGCAAAAGCAGAGCAAAUAGAAGAGGAAAGAGAUACUUCUGACAAUGUGCAAAUAGAAACACAUAAAGAUAGGUUUGAAACUGAACCAACUAAAGAACAGCACAGGGAGGACAAGUAUGAUACUAGAAUGGCUGAGUCCACCAAGAUGAUCCAGAAAGAAACAGAAAGGGUACAUGCCUUAGAGACUGAACGUAGUCAGGAAGAUGCAAUAGAGAAAGAAAAAGAUGAUUCUUAUGUGGCUGAAGUCAGUAAAGAACAGAAGAUGGAAAAGGAGAAAGAAAAAGAAGAUAUUAGUGAUUUUGAAGACAGCAAAGAUGAGAAAAGAGAGAAAGAUAGAGACGAAAGUUAUGAAGCUGAACCCAUUAAAACAGAAGAAUUGUCAAUACACAAUAAAAUCGUCAAAGAUGAGAAGAGCCCAAAAAAGACAGAAAUAUACGAUUCCCAUGAGUUUGAACCUAAUAAAGUGGAGAAAUGGGAGAAAGAGAAAGAAGAGGUGCAAGAGAAAGAUCUAAAAGAGGCCACACAGAUUACCAUGUUAGAAAAACUUGAGGUGACGUCUGCGAUCAAGCUUGAAUCUACAUUUCAGGUUCAAUAUUCAGAUGGAGAUGAGGAAGAUGAUGAUGAUGAGGAAGAUGAAAAGGAACCCAUUUGUAUGGGUGGUGCGGGCUCAAGACCUUUAUCAGUAGAACCUAGACAAUCAGAGCACGAUUUAAUGUCUCAAGACCUGCUCUCAAGUCAGUCAUCAGAGAAUGUGCUUAGUGACCAAAUAAAGGAUAGCAACUCUGGACAGACCAUAGGGAGUGUGUCUUCACUAUCAAAAUGCGAGCCCUCUGCUGAUCAAGACCUCAAAGAGAAGCGUGUAGAACCUGUACUAGAAAAGGGCAUAAAAACAACUGAGUCCACAUCAGAACCCCAUCCUAACGAAGAGUCUACCAUUGUGUUCCCUACCUUGAAAGAGGAGACAGUUUCUGCAAUUUCGACCAUCAAAGUAGAGCCAGCCUCAGAUUCCACUUCCGACAAAAAGCCUUUAGGUUCCACUGAUAUCCAGGCUUUUUGUUCGACACUCUCUAGCACUGAUGGCCAGGCUUUAAGUUCGACACUCUCUAGCACUGAUGGCCAGGCUUUAAGUUCGACACUCUCUAGCACUGAUGGCCAGGCUUUAAGUUCGACACUCUCUAGCACUGAUGGCCAGGCUUUAGGUUCGACACUCUCUAGCACUGAUGGCCAUGCUUUAAGUUCGACACUCUCUAGCACUGACAGCCAGGCUUUAAGUUCGACACUCUCUAGCACUGACGGCCAUGCUUUAAGUUCGACAUUCCCUAGCACUGAUGUCCAGGCUUUAAGUUCGACACUCUCUAGCACUGAUGGCCAUGCUUUAAGUUCGACACUCUCUAGCACUGAAGACCAGGCUUUAAGUUCGACACUCUCUAGCACUGAUGGCCAUGCUUUAAGUUCGACACUCUCUAGCACUGAAGACCAGGCUUUAAGUUCGACACUCUCUAGCACUGACGGCCAGGCUUUAAGUUCGACACUCCAUAGCACUGAUGGCCAGGCUUUAUGUCCGACACUCUCUACCACUGACAGCCAGGCUUUAAGUUUGACACUCCCUAGGAGUGACGGCCAGGCUUUAAGUUCCACGCUCUCUAGCAAUGAUGGCCAGGCUUUAAGUUCCACACUCUCUAAGACUGACAGCCAGGCCAUUGUGGAGGAAUCCACCCAGCAUGAAACACUGCUGCUUUCCAUCACAACAAGCAUAGACUCAGUUAAUACAGAUGAAAAGCAUGUUUCUAAAAAAGAAGAUGAGAAACCAGGCAAGGAAGCUGAAAGGGAGAUGGAAAAAGAGCGUGAGGUUGCUUCCCCAGGGCACACACAACCGUCUUCUUAUUUUGUCCUGGAUAAAGAUUCUGAGAAGGUUCCAGAAGAAGUAGGCUACACUGAUAGUACAAAAGCAGAUAGUAUGGAACACUUGGAAGGUUUUUACAAAAUGACAACAGAGAAAGAAACGUUCAGUGUGAGCUCACAAGAGGAAUAUCCAGGUUUUGUUGCAUCUAAGUAUGAACCAUAUGAAAAGCCAGUUUCUGAAGAGCAGGACUCAGAUUAUAAAGAACACAGUGAGGUUUCAGUAGAGUUUGACCAGUCAACAGAAAUUGGUAUUGAUGAUAAUAGGAGAGCUAGACAGGCAGAUGCUGGCGCGGCUGCAUUCUACUCAGAGGACGAGGAAAAAGAAGAACCGCUGUCAUUCAGCAGAGUUGAUUACACCCCUCCACCUUUCACAGAGAGCGAAAGAAGCCUUCCUUGCAAACCAAGUGCCUUCCCUGAACAAAAUGACAAAGAGAAGGGUCAAGAAGAAGAGAGUGACAGGAAGGAGGGACAAGCUACACCAGAUGUAGAGAACAGCUUUGCAUAUACAGAGAUUCAAGACAACAAAUCCACCCCAGCAGCUGAACCAUGCUCAUUUGCUUUCAGUCUCAAAGAAGAUAAACCUGAAAAGGUUGAGAAGGAGAAAGACGAGAUUAAUGUCAGUUUCGAGUCCACCCCUCAAACAUCUACAGCAAAGACAGACAAGACUGGAACAUCUCCCAGCGCAGAGGAGUAUUUCCCAGUCCAAUCAGGCCGAAAGGAAACAUCCUCCCCCUCAUGGAGUCAAUCCAACCUCAGUACCCAAGCCUCAGCUACUGCCAUGCAUUUUGAAGAAGUUCCUGAGAAACAGACCACUGAGAAGGAGAAAAUGAAGGAAAAAGAUGACCCGGUGAAAGACAAAGUAGAUUCAUCUGAUAGUGAGAAAGCAGACUCUCCAUCCGGUCGCUACUCACCAGCAGAGAAAGACAUGCUUCAAGCAUUGCCAAAGGAAAAGGACAAUCAGGCUUCUGCUACAUAUUCAGGACAGGUCAUAAAUGAUAAUGUUCUUGCGUCUGAGUAUACAGAAAUUGGAAGCUCUCUCAGCAGCAAAUCUACAAUGGAAUAUUAUGGACCAGACACUCCAGUUAGUGUAGAUAAGAGUCUACUGGUGGUAGGAGAAGAUUAUGAGGAUGAUGAGGAAGAAGAUGAUGAUGAGGAAGAAGAAGUAGCCAGUGAUCUAGAUGUGGAGAAGGGUGCGAGAGAACAGUCUGAAAAAGAAAUCUGUAAAACCACAUUGGAUGAUAAAAUUACUUCUGAACUUCCUGUGACAAAGGAAGAGGAAAAGAACAAGGAGACUUACUCACCCAAACCUGAUCUCAGCCUUCUCAAAAAAGAAGAACCUUCCCUAGCAACAAGCAGCCCUCCACUGGUUGAAACUGCAGAUUCCCUUUUGAAGAAUGUAUUAUGUGCCUCGCCACUCCAGUCUUACAGUUGCACUGCAACUGAACAAGCGGGAUCAGAGUAUUCAGAGGACAGCCAGGUGGGGAUAAAGGCAGAGAGGUUUGACAGUCUUGACCUAUCUCUGCCCACCAAGUCCAGUGAAGUUGAAGAGUACAGCAAGAAAGAGAUUGAAGCAGAAAGACAGAUAACCCCAGAAACUGUUUGUAUAAAACCAGAGGAAAUGUCUUUGUCUUGUCUGUCAUCUGCAUCAUCUUCUUUAUUAACCAGCCACCAGUUUGGGGAGGAGGUAGAGGCCUCCUGUGAGUAUUCUUCAUUCAAAGAUGAAGACUCUUCAGUCAUUCAAUCAACCUUCACAACCUCAGGGGUAAUGUUAAAGGAUGAUUACCUAGAGCCAUCUGAAAAGCUUACCUCAACAACUAUAACUACAUUCAGCCUUACAACAGUCUCUCCAGUCUUAGCCACCCCAGCCAAAGGCUCUUCUGAACAAAAUACAUCAUCCAGCCCUGAAAUGGACAAGGGUCAGACGUCAGAUGCCUUCCUUAAACUUGAGGGGAUUAUUGAAACAAAAUCCAAAACACAUGCUGGAGCUUCAGAGCCACUAAGUUCCCAGCUGUCCAAACAUGAAGAAACCACGUCCACUUCAGUGGCUCUCUUUGAUGUUUCCCCACUGCAAAGAGCUGACUCUUCUGACAGAGAAUCCCAGGGAUCAGUUGGCAGCAAAGACUCCUACACUUACGAAAUGGAGGACUGUACUCUUCCAUGCCGUAUUGAAUGCCAGAAAUCUUCAGCGACAGAGCAAAAAGAAGGACUCACCUCUAGUACAGCCACAGCAGUGUCCCAAUCUGAUAUUGUAACAAUACCACAGCAGUCAACUGAAGCCUCUUCCAAUGGGCCUACUGAGGUUAGCACAUGUCCCCAAGAAAGUACUAGUGAAACUAGCAAAGCCUCUUUUACCACAACAUCAGAUAUGAAAAGCAACGAGGACAAAGAGACAACUGAUGAGAAAGGUAAGAUGGAAAUAAAAGAGAAGGAAAAGAGUGAGAGCAAGGUUGUUACCCUUAAAGAGGAUGGCACAAUGCUUGAGCAGAAAGAGAAGGAGGAGAAGAAAGAGAUGGAUGAGAAGAAAGAGGUGACUGAAGAGAAGGAACAGGUAGAGGAGAAGGUGAAAGUUGAGGGACAUAAGUUCAUAGAGAAAGACUGGGAGGCAGAGAAGAAAGACAAGACUGAAGAAAAGAGUGAGAAAGAGAAGGAAAAGGAAGAUGGAGAAAAAGAGGAGCCAAAAACUGAGAAACAUGGAGAGAAGAUGGCCGAAAGGAGGAGGAGUAGCCUAUCUGACUGGGAACUUUUACAAGGGCCGGGUGCCUGUCCAAGUGCACCUCCUCCAGGCUAUGAAGACGACAAGGAAGAGGAGGAAGCGUAUGAAACAGAAGAACCAGAGGAAGCAGAGGAAGAAUAUGGUCAAACGCAAUGGGCAAGCCCAGGCCAGCCUAGUCUUCUGUCCACAACAGAACAUGCACCCCAUAUAGAGACAUCUGGAAAAGCAGAAGGGGAAUCUAGUCGUCCCACUGACUUGCCUAUGGAGGCAACCUCAACCUCCCCAUCUGGUUACUCCCCAUGUGAAUACAAACACGGUAAAGGGGAGAUCUCUCCAUCCUUCAUCAACCCAAGUCCACACACCCUCUCCAGUGAUGAUGGUGAAGAGGAGCUUGGAAGUGAUCAUUCUCGGGAGGGCGAUGAAGAUGAACGUGAGCAGCACUCAGUCAAGAGAAGGUCUCACAGGCAGACGCGACAUCACCCUCAAAGUGGAGUUGCUGAAUCUGGAGAGGGCUCACAUCCAGUGUCUAUGCCUCCUGGUUGCAUGGCAGCGGGACUUGGGGUAGCGCUAGCUGGAGAGGAGACGCCCCCCACGUCGGCGAGUGACUCAUUAGCAUCACAGUCGGACUCAGAUGUACCUCCAGAGACAGAGGAGUGCCCAUCAAUUACAGCAGAGGGUAACCUGGACUCGGACGAAGAUGCAGAACACCUGCCGGUAGAUAAACUAUCUGCCUCUGCUACAGGAGCGGGCCACCAACCCCCCUCUCCUAGAUCAGCUGCAAAAGCCCAUGACCCCCCACCUGCCCCAAUGAAGGACCCCUUCCCCCACCCUCCUCACCCUGAUGUGUGCAUGGUGGACCCAGAAGCUCUCCCUAAUGACUUGAGCAGCUCGGAGAAACUGCUCAAGAAGGACCACAAAACCACUAAGAGCCUACGGAAGGGACUCGGCAAGCCUAAGUCUGCAUCCCCAGCCCGGAAGGGGAAGAGAUCCACCACCCCUGUGAAGCAGGCCUCUAAGGAUUCCUCACCUCGAUCGGCGUCUCUUAGGAGGAAGGAUCCUGAAAGGAGUUCCAGGCUGACACGGAUGUCAGAAGGUCUGGGAUCCAAGGGGGAACUACACGCUCCAGGGAAAGGGCUGGUGAAUGGUGUCAAAAGCAAUUUGGGUACCAACUCCCAAAAAUCUAGUUCAGCAGUUCCUCCCGGGCCUCCAAUCUACGUGGAUCUGGCCUAUGUGCCCAACCACUGCAGUGCCAAGAACGUGGACCAGGAGUUCUUCAAGCGUGUGCGUGCAGCGUACUAUGUGGUGAGCGGCAACGACCCAGCCGGUGGAGAACCCAGUCGUGGAGUCCUGGAUGCCCUGCUGGAGGGCAAGGCCACGUGGGGCUCCAAUCUACAGGUCACUCUGAUCCCUACACAUGACACAGAGGUGACGAGGGACUGGUACCAGCAGACACACGAGAAACAGCAGGACCUGAACAUCAUGGUCCUGGCCAGCAGUAGCACAGUGGUCAUGCAGGACGAAUCUUUCCCUGCCUGCAAGAUUGAGUUCUAACUUCUGAAUCUCUUGCCCUUUCCUCUCAUUUGUACCAGAGGUUUUCCUACCCUGUAUCUUCUCAUAGCCUUGCCUUCUGUCAGCUCUACAUUCUGCUCUCACAUGGCGUUAGAUUCCAUUGCAUUUGCUGUAGACUUCGGUUGGUGCACUGGAUUCCAACUGGUCAAUGUCAUCUAAGAACAACUACUUACAUCAGGCAGAAACAAUUAUAUGCUAGCACGUAAAACCACUUCUUUACUAGAUUUGUUCUUAUGUAUUUUUUCCAGAUAACCUCGGCAACAUGCACAUAUACAGUAGUGAGCACGCAUAUCAUCUGUGAUGAUUGUUAUUUUCAGUAGUUUUACUGCACCCAAAUCUAAAACUGCACUCACAUCUAAAUGGACAAAACAUUCUAACUAAAUGCGCCAUCUUAACAAUGUGUUGAUUUGUCAAUUGCUUUGGGGCUCUAGUUCCUAAUGCUCUUUGCAAAACUCCUAGUCAGUUAAGAUGCUGCACUGUCAAAUCACAUUCAACCAGAGAAUUACCCCAGGAAAUGACCAUUUUAAAAUGUAUCAUCAAAAGGCCAAAGUGGGUGCCAAAACCACCUCAAUAUAAUUGUUUUUUACACUCCAAAUAGGUCCAAAACAGUAAGGGGGGAAUAGCUAGUUGUUCUCGAUUGUACGCAGACUUCGCACACUGUUGUACAAUGGUAGUAUUUUUGUAAGUACCAUAACUAUAUAUGAGAUAUUUCUCCUGUUUGGAGAGAAUAUGUAAGAUGCAGCUUGUUAUACUAUAACAUUGGGCUUUAUCUGUACUCCAACUAUGUCGGCUAGUGUUACAGUAAAAAAGGACUAUACCACAUUGCUUGAUAUGAAGUUUUAGGAGGUGCCUUAAUGGACCUCUUAGUAGUUUAAGAACCAGCUUUUCUUACUUAUUUUCCUCAGUAGUUAAAGCAUGAUGCUUGCAUUUAUCUUCCCUUGAUAAAUUAAGGGUUAUUGGCUGUGUGUCUAGUCCUUGAAAUCUCCAAGUAGGGAGUAGCCUGUGAACGUACCAUACCGUUUGGCUGUGUGCACGCUAGUGAGCGUUAAACUGUAGGCAAAUGGAUGACAUUUCUAUAAUUACCAUAUUUCUGCUGGAUGUAAUGUUUUUCUUUAUUAAUAUGACAUCCUCAUGGUUUUUCUUGGUUGUAUUAGAUUAAUACUAAGUUACGACAUGAACAUUAUAUUAUUAUUAUAUGGAGAGGUUAUUUUAUAAUGACACAGCAAAUAAGGUUGAAUUUCAUUUGAUCUGUCAGGUCAGAGGCAUCUGAGAUGAAUGUAUUGAGAUUCCACGUUUGACUUUUUGUCAAUUAGUUAUAUUGUACUGUCCGCUAAGAACUAUUGAAUAAAGUGAUGAAAACUGCAGUGACCCUCAAUGGCAAAUGUAGCAAUGCAGUCUAGAGUGCCCUUGUGAGACUAGGAUGUUGUGUGGGUGUUCUUUUACCGAAACAUGACUGUGUUGGUAGGCGGUCGCUCUCAUGUGCCUUUUGGUUGUGGUAUAGUGGGCAAAAAGGUAGGGUUUGAGAGAAGGAUUGGCAUUCUCUUUGACAGCAGUCAUUGAAAGGAAAGAAUCCUGGGAGAACAAGAAACUGUGGAGAAUAUGCAACACUUCAGAAUAGCAGACAAAUGAACAGCUAAUGUCCAGGACUAGGUAGUUAGCAUAAUAUCCAUAUGGAUGUGUCCGGUAUGGAUGGGUGCUGCUUAAGCCAGCAGAUUUAGAUGUUUAUGAACAUGGGCUGGCCAUAAUUUGUCCCCUAUCUUAGUGUCACCCAGAAACGGUGUUAAAACGAUAACAAGAAAUAGCAAGGAUUAGCAAAAAUGCUCUUCUCAGAACAGGGAGUAGAAGUGCAUAAUGGCAGGGAGCGGAUCUAGUAAGAGAAACACAGAAAAAAAUGAUAUUAUUAAAAUAAUUCUUUACCAUGAUGUGAACUAUGGUAGCAUUUGAUUUUAGAACAGGUAGCUACGAAAGCAUUCGAAACUAUAUGUAAAUAAAUAUUACGUUCUUCAGAACUUUUAGGUAAAACCAAUGCAGGAAGCUAAUCUAAACAAAUAACCGCAGUAGAUAGUUUCAACUCUAAGAUAAUAUGAAAAAAAGCAUGAAUGUGAUAUUGUUGAUAGUAUUGUGUAGAGAUGUGGCAUGUAGUCGUGAGUCUUGCAAUAGGUCUUAGAAUAACGUUUUAUGUUGAAGUGUCCACUUGUGUAGAACACAGAGAGACGUUGUUGGGUUUUGAAGAUGAAUGGUUGUGUUUUUAUGCUGAGUUAGCAAGUGUGUGAAUGUUGGUUAAGCAGAGGCGGAGCUCCUUUAUCGCAAUACUCAUUGAAGCUCAUUAAAAAUAUGAUUUUUUUGCAUUCAUUUCCAUAGAGCUUAUAAUCACUUUUUGAAUAAUUUGAUGUUUUAUUUGUUUGUUUUUUAAUUUUCUGGGUAGUUGUAUUCAUCAAGUUGACUUACAAUGAUCCGUAUUAGACUUUUGUUAAUUUAAAUAGUUUUUCAAUAUUUCGGUUACAUGUAGGACUAACACAACUAUGUGUCUUUUUUUUUCAAAAGACAACUAAAAAUUUAUUUUAUAAUAAGCAUCUGAUUUUCCUUAUUGUUUUUGAAGAGUUGCUGCGUUGUGUGUUUUGGGACCGUAUCUCAUAGUCUGCUGUGGAAUCCAGGUCGGCAGACAGUCAGAACUGCUGCACAUCGAUCUGCAAGACUAACAUUCUCUCCUAUAUUGGAUUCACAACCAGAGUCUUCUCUUAGGCUUUACCCACAAUCCCACUGUCUGCAACCGUCUAGUGCUAGCCUGGGACCAGUGCCACCCUUGUCCCUUUGCUGAACUAAGCACAGCCCCGCUGCGCUGAAAAUGCUAUACUGUAAGCUUUUAGAACGGAAUGCAGGAGAGCCUCCCCGACGUCUGUUCCAAGCCUGGCCCAUUCUCUGACUAGCAACGCAGCAGAGCUUGCCGGACACGCAGACCUGGAUGAAUGUGUACUUUCAGUAGUAUUGAGACACUAUUCGGUGUGAAUGCUUCAGAGUUAUUAUGCACUGCGAUAUCGGUGCUGCAUGUAACGUUGGAUACUGCAUGGGCAGGGAGGUCAGAAUAGCUGCUACACUGAGGAGAACUCUCAAGGGAUAUUGAAAUGUAGGUUCUUAAUCAAUGCACAGGGGCGGCAGAUAGUCUAGAGGUUAGAGCGUUGGGCCAGUAAACGAAAGGUUUGAAUCCUUCAGCCAACAGAUGGGGGGAAAAUAAUCUGUUGUUGGGCCCUUGAGCAAGGCAUUCAACAAAAAUGACACCUGUAAGUCACUCUGAAAAAAGAGUGUCUUCUAAAUUUAAAAAAGGAAGUGUAGCUGCUGCUCUAGCAAAAGCUUAUGGGAAGCCAAGUAAACUUCUAAGUGCAUUCCCUACAGAUAAAUGAGAGGCACAUAGCCUAUCAGAGGUUUUCGGUGAAGGCAUAAAUAUAUGGCCUGGAUAUAUUACAAUAACACCAAGUGUUUCUAAGCUAAUCCUGUCAAACUAACUCAACCCUUUUUGACACUGUACAGAAUUAACACUGUAUGGACGAGGGGAAUCUGAAACAGGGUCAAGAUGUUGAAGUUAUGUUAUGGGUUCUGUGUAUGGUCUGAUGUGUGUUGUUGUUUGUUUUAAGUUGUGGUGGACCAUCUUAAUGGCUCAAUUCCAAAUAACCGGCCUUAGGAUCAAGCACCCUGGGGCCUUGGCAGACCGCUGUAAAAUGCUCAAUACAAAUUAAAAAAAUAAAAUUUCAUAGAAGCAGAAUGCACUAAACCAGAAAUAAUAUUUUUUGAAUGUAGAGUUGGUACUACUCUGAAUGCUGCUGGACAAAAACAUACAAUUGUACACAAAUAUAUCAGAAAUCAGUGGAGGACAAGCCUAAGGAAACGACAGACUACUGUACAUUACAACUCAGAAUGGAUAUGUCAGUUUAUCCAUAUUGCAGUGUCUGAUGCUUUUUUGCAGUUCUGUCCCAAUAGGAAAAAUGGGAUUUCCGACAACACAAAACAGGUUGUCCCAUACUUACAGAAACAUACACUAACACAGAAAAAGUACUAACUGAAGCUGCAACUUUUUCUUUUCCUGAAUAUGACUUGAAAACACUGAAACAAAAACAUUGAAUACAAUUUAAUGAAUGAUACAUGUACAUUAAUGUACUGCACACAAAUAUGUACAUACACCUUAAAACAAAAACAAAAAAAUAAGCGUAGGAUCCUUCUUGUGAUACAUUUUCAUUUUAGCUUAUUUUAUGAAAUGUAUGAUCAAAACUCCCAAGCCUUGAACAAAGAAACAUAGCCAGUGCUUUCUACUCGCAGAUGAAGAAGAUAACAAAACAUAUUUCAGUUCCGUCCCUUUCGCCUAAAUCUCUUGUCAUGAAAAGAUAGUCAUUUGAACAUAUAUCAUUCUCCCAUCGUAUCUCUCUGCAUGUGAAUUAUUUAGUUAUAAUCCUGAAUGUAAUUGUUUAUUAACAUGGAAAUGAAAAGAAAAAAUGCUAUUUUAAAAAGGUAUAUUUGAAACUCAUUGUCUAAAUGGUACUGGGAUGGCAUAAUGUAUAUGGUUAUAUUACUGGGCUGUGCUUUACUGUUUUGCCCUGAGAUGUUAUUAUAAAACGUCGUACUACUGUACUUAUUCUGUUGUAUUCAUCUUAGUUCUACAAUAUUCUGUAUCUCUCUCUUUCUCUUUAAAUCUAAAAUGCUAAACUAGAAGUACUGCAGAUUCAUUGUAAAAGGGAACCAGCUUGGUGAUCACCAAUAAAAAAUAAAUGUAUUGAAAUCAGA